AUGACUCCACAAUACACGUCGUCGUACGGCGGCGACAAUCCGUACCGCUCGUCGGCUUCCUCGUCGUCGCACCAUGCUUCCUCGCUCGGCGGGCACAGGGACGAGAUGCAGGAGCUGCAUGCUGCGCCCUCGGGCUACAUCAGCCAGAGCCCUUUCCUGCCCACGCUGCCUUCGGCGCCCGAGUCGCUGGCGGGCGGGCACUACAUGCCGUCGUUCGAGAGCCGCGACUCGCUGUACAAGAGUGCGAGCUUUGACGACGAGCGGGACAGCCUGUACAGUCGGCGCGAUUCGGAUGCAUGGGGGCUGUACGAUGCGCAGCACGAGGGCGCACGUACCUCGCUGGCGCUUGCACGCGAACGGUACAUCUCUCGCAAGCAGGCGGCACUCGCAGCCAACGAUGGCGUCUACGACGUAACCCCGCCCAAACCCUCGCGCUUUACGCUCAAGCAGAAAAAGUGGAUGGUGGGUGUAGGCUCAGUCGUCACUGCGAUUGUGUGUGCGAUUGUCAUCUUCUUUGCCACGCGCAACAACACCAACGCCACCAUCGUAGACCCUCCCUCCUCCUCCACCAGCGGCACAAGCAAGGGUGGGAAGCCUACGGCCGGGGCGGUAGCAUCGGACCCGCACGAUCCAAGCAAGUUCACCAAAGACCCGAGGUUGCAUCGCUCCAUGUACGGGCUGUGCUAUACACCCUUCAACGCUCAGUAUCCCGGUUGCGGGGCGACGCAGUCGAAUGUGACCGAGGAUAUCCAGAUCAUGUCUCAGCUCACCACGCGUCUGCGGCUGUACGGUGCAGACUGUGAUACGUCGCAGCUUGUGCUCGAGGCGAUCAAACAGACCCAAGUCGACAUGCAGGUGUUUCUGGCCGUAUGGGUCGACGACAACGCCGCCACCUUCCAGCGACAAGUCGACGAAAUCGUAGUUGCGCUCAAGAAGUACGGCUCGGAUCAUGUUGCUGGCGUAACGGUGGGUAACGAAUUCCUCCUCAACGGCGGAUCAGUCACUACGCUACUCUCCCACAUCCAAACGGUCAACACUACAGUCAACGCACUUGGGCUCGGAAAGUACAUCCCGAUUGGUACGGCGGAUGCAGGAUCCAUGGUGACGCUCCAGCUCGCUUCCGGUGCCGACUACGUCAUGGCCAACGUCCAUCCAUGGUUCGGAGGGCUUCCUGUCGACCAAGCUGCAGGAUGGGUGUACGAGUACACCAAUACCAAUGCACCUUCGACUGCGUUGACCGCACCCAAUAAGCCAACGCUUUACGUGGCAGAGGCGGGAUGGCCUACGGGGGCAAACGAAACACGGCUCGAGACGUACCAGGCUGCAACGGCGGGUGUGGCCGAACUCAACACGUUCCUCGCCAGUUUCGUCUGCCAGUCCAACGCCAACGUCACCCAGUCCAACUUGCAGCCCAGCUUCAUCUUUGAGGCGUUCGACGAGCCCUGGAAGGACGCCCUUUAUGGCGGCGUCGAAGCGCAUUGGGGUCUGUUUGAUGCAAACAAGAAGCUCAAGGACGGCAUCAUCAUUCCGGACUGCGCGUCUCCCUAA